AAUGUUCAACUGUCUGAAGUGCAUCACCAGGAAAAACAACGACGUGGAGCCUAGCUGUGACAGUGGCGUCCCAGGAUUGGCUGGAGUAAUCAAAUUAAUAGGACAGGGCGGUUUUGGAAGAGUCUACUCGGUCACCGGGGGAGGAGGCGGUGCCUUGUACGCGGUCAAAGUCGCCGAGCCACGCAACCCCAGGCAACUCCAAAGACUGGGAAUGGAAAUCCAGAUCCAUAGCUUUCUACGACACGACAGGAUUGUGAGAAUGUUGGACUGGGCGGAGACUUCUCACGGCCAGUUUUACAUCUGCUUGGAGUACUGCGAGAUGGGGUCUUUGUAUUCUUACGUGGAGCAACUGAAACAAGAGAAGAGAUACAUGGAUAGUCGGAAAAUACGGGACAUCUUCGGGCAGUUGGUAGAAGGUUGUCAGUACCUUCACGAACAGUGUAUCAUACACCGGGAUUUGAAACCGCAGAACAUUUUGCUUACGGAGAGUCUGGAUGUGAAAAUCACGGAUUUCGGACUGGCUAUCGUCAGCCCCGGUCGUCGGGCGGUGUGGGAGUCUGUGUGGGGGAGUCCCGGGUACGUGCCGCCGGAGGUGCUGGUGGAACCCCGGUACACGCCGGCCGCAGACGUCUGGGCACUGGGCUGUGUGCUAUUCUGGAUGUACGCUGGAUUCGUCGCAUUUCCGGAACGAAACCUCAAGAGCAGAAAUUAUCACAGAAAAGUUCGCCGCCUCUACACCAUUCGGAAGACCACGAGCAAAUUCGACGCUGUAGCAGUCAGGGAGCUUCUUCUGCAACUCUUGGAGGAGCAGCCCGAAGAUAGGCCUUCUUGUGACACAAUACUCAGCCAUGACUUUUUAAGACAAGGUUUUCUAGUUGACAAGGAAGUACACAAACACGACAGAUCUGUCGCAAAGAGAUACGCGUUUCGCCGUGCACCGUUUUACUUAGACUACUGGGCGGAACUAUUCGGACGUUGA